AAUGCCUGCGUCAUACAACCUAUAAACUAUACAAAUAACUUCUUACAAUACCAUUUUGUAUGAAAUAGACCAUAAACUUUAGCAUGCUUCGUUAAAUAUUCAACUAGGAGUAAUAUAAAAACACUUUAUCUCAUACACAGUUUUGCAUAGCUGUCAUAAUACAAGUUUAUAGUUUAAAAUGAGCUCCAAUAGUUCGGAAUUUUAUUCUUUGAGGAAGAAACUUAUUGAAACGAAGUCCCUUUAUGUGGACCCGGAAUUUCCACCGGAUAUUAAAUCAAUAAGCCCUAGCGGAUUUAUAAGUCGGGAUACAAAUAUCAGGAGAAUAGAAUGGAAAAGACCGGUGAACUUAUCGAAAAACCCAAGGUUUGUUUCAGCCACGGCUACAAGGUCAGAUCUUGAUCAAGGCAGUUUAGGAAACUGUUGGUUUGUUGCCAGCGCAUCACUUCUGGUAAAUGGACCCCGUCAACAGUUCGAGAGGGUAGUUCCGUUAGAUCAAGGCUUCGACCAAGAGAACUAUGCAGGUAUAUUCCAUUUCAAUUUUUGGUGGUAUGGUCAUUGGAAGGAAGUGAUCAUUGACGACUACCUACCCACGGAUGGGUACAGGCUGAUCUAUUGCAGCAACUGGGAGGAAAAAGAUGAAUACUGGGGAGCUUUACUCGAAAAGGCUUAUGCAAAAUUAAGAGGUUGUUAUGCAAAUUUGGAUGGUGGUAAAAUUGCCGACGCUCUGGUAGAUAUGACUGGUGGGAUGUCAGAAACAAUACCACUAACAACAAGGGCUAAUAUACCUCAUAAUAUCUAUGAUUUGCUAUGGAAAUCUUCACAAAUGAAUUCCCUGAUUGGAGGCAGCAUAUAUCUACCAGAAGGUUCGAUUAGACCAGAAGUUCGAAGAAGCAACGGUCUUUACAUGGGACAUGCGUACAGUAUAACUGCACUCUCUGUGGUGCCAUGGCGUGGCUCCUCAGUGAAGCUUUUACGUAUCAGAAAUCCAUGGGGAAGAAAAGAAUGGAACGGUCCUUGGUCUGACACAUCUGCUGAAAUCCGAAACUUGCCUAUGGAAAUCAAACGAAAACUUAACAUUAUAAUCGAGGAAGAUGGAGAAUUUUGGAUUGCACUGGACGACUUUUUGGAUAACUUUGAUGAGGUGCAACUGUGUCAUCUUCAACCAGACGCUUUGGCUCAGGAGUUGGCAGCCGAUACAAAUAAACUGAACUGGAGUGUGACGUUAUAUCAUGAUGCCUGGAUAAAGGGUGUGACGGCAGGUGGUUGCGGAAACAGACCCUACGAAAAGUUAUACUGGAAGAACCCACAGUUCCAAAUUCACUUAAAAGACGUAGAUACCACAGAUAAUAGAGAGAAAUGUACAAUGAUUGUGUCACUUAUGGAGAAAGAAAGUGGUAACGCAAACAAAUAUGCCAUAGGCUUUGAUGUUUAUGAGGUCCGGAAUUCACGCAGACGACCUUUAGACGAUGAAGCCCUACCUCAGUCAGCGCUUAUUCACAAACGGGGAUCUGGCAAGUACCAGUUUUACCGCGAAGUGACCCAGAGGUUUGAAUUCCCACCAGGAUAUUACGUCAUCAUUCCAAGCACGUUCCAUCCGCACGAGGAGGCGGAGUUUCUGCUAAGAAUUUACACAGAAAAGGAGGUGGAGGCAGAGGUAAUGGAUGAGGAUAAUGGACCCGCUGUGCCUUCUCCUGCACCACAAGAUUCUAUGGCAGCUUUGUUUUCUAAACACGCGGGAGAAGAUGGCAAAAUGGACUACAAAGAGCUCCGGCAAUUUCUUAUUGAAGCAACUUUGAUAGAAUUAAAGGAGUCUAUAUCAUUUAACAGAGAGGCGUGCAGAAGUUUGGUCACAAUGAUGGAUAAAAAUCGAUCCGGGUUUUUAACUUGGGAAGAAGCUAGGACCCUUUUUAAAGAAAUCAAGGCAUUUACGACUGUAUUCAGACUAUUUGAUGCAAACCGUUCAAACUCUAUAGAUACUAUGGAACUUGGAUCACUGUUCAACAAACUUGGGUUUCCAGUAAGCCGGAUGGUGCUGACGUCUAUUGUUAGACGGUAUGGUGGAAGGAACCGGAGACUGAGCCUGGAAGAUUUCAUCAUUGUUAUGUGUAAACUAACAGUCAUGUAUGAGAUAUUCCGGGAACAACAAAAGAAAACUGGAGGACCAGAUGACGUGGCACAGUUUACAAGAAAUGAGUUCCUCCAGUACACGAUGUUCUGCUGAGAAAACUCAACCAUUUGAAAUGUGCAAUUCUACAAGAAUAUGGUUCAGAAAGACAAUAGAUUUUCAAGUGUUCUAUUAACUCUGAGAUUUCUUUAAGCGUAUCUAAAUUUUGGUUGCGUAAUUUUGGAAAAUGGACUGUAUGUUGGAAUAUAAUCUGUGCGACAUUGUGAAACAACUUUUAAGUAAUGAACUUUUUAACUUUUCGAUGGAUGGAGUAAACAACAUGUCGAUAAAAUUCAGGUUUAUACAUGAGUGUAAUAUAACCCGUUUGUGUGCAAUUACAUCAUUUUAGUUCACAUUUGUCAUUAAAGAAAUGAUACCUCAAGCUUAGAAGAUAAUUUUAAAAGUUAUAAACAUGACAUAAUUGAUAUAUUACACAUCGAUAUAUUUACAUAGAUAAAGGGAUUGAGUGAAAAUACAUUUUGUGUAUUAUCAGUUCAUAGCUCAUAUAGGCCUAUGCUUCAUGCUUUUUUUCUAUAUGGCGCAUUAUUUACAAAUAAUCAUCUUAAAUGUUCAUUAUUUCUAAAUGUCUUUUUAUAUACAUUCCUUUUUCAAAGUAUAAACAUUUUCUUGCAAACCCUAAUCUUAUAGGGACAAAAAUGUGCUGAAUUAUUGAAAAAAACAAAACUUGUCAAACUACAAAACUUCAAUAUCAUAUGAUAAGACAAGGCAGCUACGUUUUUCUUGUUAAAUAAACCUUUUUGUUGAUAUGGAGUACACAUUUGAACCUGCGGAUACAUGUAUGGAUUUAUUUGUUUAAUAAUUAUGCUGUUAGGUAUACAUGGUAUUAAAUACCCAUUAUUGCGUCUAUUAUAAAGAUUUAUUUAUGUUAUUGUAAUUUGCUUUUUUACCAAUAUAGAAUUUUAAAUGAAAA